GCUCUUUAUUUGAAAAGUUUUCCGUUGGAGGUAGGGGACUCCGCCAUUAUUAAAAGGAGACGCUCGUAAUGUUGGUGGAAGUGGGAAUCACGGAAUAGCAUAGAUUUUCUUCUAGGCGCGCCCUUCUAUUAAAAGCCUGUAUUACAGAGAAGUCCACCAUGGCUCAGCGUGUGCCCUCUUCAGACGGGGGAUCCAAGAAGACCUCUCGGGUUCGGGUCGCGGUUCGUCUGCGGCCUUACAUGGACAAACAGGACGACAAAGGCGAAGGGCCGUGUGUGCGAGGCCUGGACUCCCAAAACCUCGAGAUCAUCAACUGGAGGAAUGCAAUGGAAACCGUCAAAUACCACUUUGAUGUUUUUCAUGGUGAAGAAACGACACAGCAAGAGGUUUUCCUCUCGUCGGUGAAGCCGAUUCUUCCAAACAUACUCAAAGGACAAAAUGCCAGUGUGUUCGCUUAUGGACCAACAGGAGCUGGUAAAACUCACACCAUGUUGGGAAGCUCGGAGCAGCCAGGCGUAAUUCCACGAGCUGUGCUUGAGGUUUUUAAUCUGGUCAGAGCUAAAGAGGGGGAAGAAGGAUGGGACUACAGCAUUGGCAUGUCUUAUCUGGAAAUCUACAAUGAGAAGGUGUUGGAUCUUCUCUCACCAAACUCUCAGGAUUUGCCAAUCAGGGAGGACAAGAGCAAGAACAUUCUCAUCCCCGGCCUCACCCACACAGCCGUCUCCUCCUUCUCAGACUUUGAGAAACACUUUGUGCCUGCCACUCUGAACCGGACGACCGCUUCCACCAAACUGAACCAGCGCUCCAGCCGCAGCCACGCUAUCUUACUCAUCAAGGUUGUCCGGACUCGGCAAGACUUGUCCCAGCGACAGCAGACAGGCAAGCUUUACCUGGUGGACCUGGCCGGGUCGGAGGACAAUCGCCGCACUGGCAACCAGGGCAUCCGUCUGAAGGAGAGCGGCGCCAUCAACCUGUCGCUCUUCACGCUCAGCAAAGUGGUGGACUCUCUCAACUCCGGCACGGCGGUCCGCGUGCCGUACAGAGACAGUAAACUGACGCGGCUGCUGCAGGACUCUCUCGGCGGCUCCGCACACUCGGUCAUGAUCGCCAACAUUGCGCCAGAGUACAAAUAUUAUUUUGAUACAUUCACUGCGCUGAACUUUGCGGCAAAAUCCAAACUCAUUGUCAACAAGCCGUUCACAUGUGAAACAGUCGCUGCGCCUGUGCUGCCAGCAAAGCGGGCCAGAGCAGAACACGACGCAGGGGGAUCUGGCACGGAGCCACAGAAGAAGAAGCAGAAAGACGAGAGGAAAAGUGAAGCAGAAGCCUCCUCUCCCUCAGCACACUGCCACAGCUCAGCAGAACCGUCGGUGAUGGACAGACUCAUGGCUCUGGAGAAACAGAUACUGAGCGGCCAGGACAAAGACAGCCUCACCAUGCUGAAAUAUGUGGCCCAGUCUCGCAAAGAGAUCGAGGAGCUGAAAGAAAAGCAGAGGGAGUUUGAGAGCAAGGCCAAGCUCUUCGAUCAGCUGGCUGCUGAGAAGUCGAGUGCAAAACAGGAGCCUGCCUUCAAGAACAACACGGCCCCCCUGCAGAGAAAACAGUCAAAUGUCAUCAAGAUCAAUAAGCAGCAGGCUGUGGUUCAGCCACUGCAAGUGUCUCAGCUCCAGCCUCUUCAGCAGCUUGCGGUUGUCAGAAAGCAGUCUGUCUGCGUCAAGAAGAAGAAGCUCUCAGACGCGCUUGAGCCUCCAGACGGUAAAGAGAACACGAGUACGUGGGAGACGCAGCUCGACACGUCUGUGCUGGAGCAGUCCAGGCAGGCCAUCCUGACGGUCCUGAAUUCGGGCUCCCUCAAAGAUCUUAAAGGUCUGCAGCAGAUCGGCGACAAGAAAGCGAAGCUCAUCCUGGGCUGGAGGGAGAUCCAUGGGAACUUCACUAAGUUGGAAGAUUUGCAGAAAGUUGAGGGCAUGACAGAAAAGAGGUUUUCUUCCUUCAUGAAGGUAAGAAAAGUCCUGAGACUCCACAGUCAGGGUUUCCACUUGAUUUUAAGGAAAAAUAAAGCAGCAGGGAUUAAACCGUGACAAAACUCUAAAAGACAAGGUGGCUUGAAUGUCCCACAUUUCCCUGUUCCCCAUAAAUCUACAGUGUGUGUGUGUAUAUAAACACACACACACACGUCCCGAUCACUCAGACUCUACACGGUUAGACAGUGAACAAACACUCGGCAGGAACAGUCACAUCUCCUUUUCUUUCUCAGUCAAUUCAAAGUCAACCAGAGGCCAUCGCACAUCUCAGACGCAUUUUUUCAAACCGACGCUCUGAUCUAAUUUCCCUGACGUGGUUCAGGAGUAAUCGAUACCUGUACUUGAUCCGUGCCACCCAGAAAAUGACAGCAGGAGCCGGGCAUCACUCCUGAUGCUGACUUCUCUAAAAGCUUUUAUUCCAAGACCAAGAAAGCCAACCUGCAACUUAUAAAACAUAGAUACUUAUCAGAAUUCAUCAUACUGAGGAAAAAUGUUUAGAACAGGAUCCAUUUCAAAUAUCUGGAUAUGAAACUGUCCUGAUGGUUAUAUUCAUGCCACACGUUCACCAAUCACACUGGCUGCAAGUCCCAGAUUCACUCCGCGGCUUCCUGAGCUGCCACGGCUCAUUAUGUCCCUCAGUUUGUCUUCUGGGGGAAGUUUCAAGGCUGAAUCCAGAAAACACAAAAACCCGCUUUCUGUUUGUGGCUCCAAAUGUCACCAAGAAGACUUGAAAUUCACAAACUGGAAGCCCGGAACAGCGUAGAUGCGUCUCGCUGGGAAACGCCGUCCUCUCUCAGUAACUCGGCUCCCAGAGAUCGUCCUCUGAGCAGAUGUCUCUGGUCCAUCAGCCGCUCGUCCUCGGUCCAUUUCAGCGUCGUUACACAUGUAGAGGAUGGGAUGUUCUGAGAGGAGAGGCUCUCCUGGGGCCCUGUCAGGACUCUGCUUCACACAAACACUCAUGUACAGUAAUACACAGCGUGUGCACUCAUUUACCAAUAAUUCAUAUUUUUUUCAUUAUUCCCACAGAUACCACCCAAAUCUAGUGUGAAUUUACUUAUUUUUUUCUCCUGUAAAUUUUUAUUAAACACUAUAUGGAUGACACAAGAUUCACUUUUAAGAUUACAUUCUUCAUAUAUUUUCAUCCCAUCAUGUCUCUAUACAGUAGUUUUCUGACUAAUCUUCAGUGAAUCAGUGAAAGUGCACUUUGCUUCACUAAGUGCACGUCUUUCUUGUGAAUUGUGGAAUUAUAAACUAAAU